AUGGCUUAUAGAGCUUCCACUUUCCUUGCACUUGUCCUCAUUUCCAAUAUCCUCCUUGUCACAACAAUUGCUGGACGCAGCAUUGCCAAGAACUCCAACAACCAGGACAAGAAAGAACCUCAAUGGUUGUUCAAAUCUGAUGGAAGGGUGCAUAUUCCUGGAAUUGGACGUGUAGGAUUUCCACCUAAAUAUCAUAUUACACCUCAAAAUCCAUUUACUGGAGGCAAUGGAGGGGCAAGAACAGGAACAGGAUCGACAGGUCGCAGUUAUGUUCCAGGUGGUGAUGACACUUAUGUACCAAACCCAGGUUUUGAAGUUCCAAUUCCUGGCAGUGGUGGUAGAGUUCCAGGAGCAGUUCAUCCAUGA